GGCUCUUAUAAACCGGGUGGAAUGGAGAACGCCAUCCCUCACUUCACUUCUGAGAAAGACAAGAGAAGACACGGCGAAUAGGUUGGAGGAAAAUCCAAGAGGGAGCAUUGUGACUUGUGCAGGACGCUGUGUUUUCUCUCUCAAUCUCUGUAACUCUCAUACAACUUCUCUUAGUUGUUAUUCUUCAUCCCUUUUCAUAUUAUUUUAUGACCUUUAACCCUAUGGACUUGGGCCCAGCUUGAAUGUGCAGAAAUUGUGGAACUACAAACAACAUGCAGAUGCAGCUGACCUCCUUUUUGCUCCUUUUUUUAUUGUGUAAUGGAUUAUGUUCAGAUAUAGACCAGGGAAAAAGAGCAAUAGAGGAUGAGGUUCUGAGAAGUCUCCUCACUUCAAAGGUAAAGGCGAGCAGGCACAUCGCCCCCCUGUGGCAGCUUCCUCUGCAGGACGUGUGUAGGAUGGUGAACGGGCUCGGUGACUCGUGGCUGGAAGCUUGGGCCAAUGAGGAUGUGGCGGAGGACACUGAGGUCCACGCUGACUAUGAGCAGAGGGUCUCGGGAACUCUUCUUCAGAUGCUGGAAGAAAUGCAUGACAUUCAGAACCUCUGCAGGGUCCUGCAACCUAGAGAGCUUCAAGACGAGCAGGAAUAUCUGGAGCUGGAGCAAAACAGCGACAGUCCACUGAAGAGGAAAUCUCCCUAUAUACUGAAAAGACAACUGCGCACUAAUAAAUCCAGACGGCCGUACAUUCUGAAGAGAAGUGUGAUUUACUGAAGAUCUGCCGACAGAAAGACAUUUUUACAUUUUGUGAAUAUGUGUCUGUUUUCACUGUCGU